UGCGCCCCGCCGGCCUGUGUCAGGGGCUGUGGGGCGAGGCGAGUGGGCACCGGUCUCGGUAGCAGCGUGGGACGCGUGCCGCUAGUGCAACGGCUGCCCACUGACCCCGACCGUGCCCGGCCGCCCUCCCCUCAGCGCCAGCCCCUUCCUCCGGGUGGUUUGAAAUGAACCGCUGUUUCCUACCCGCGUUCCCGCUGUGGCCGUAACCGCCCGGCGGAGAAGGGGAGGAGGCAAGAACGCGGGGCGGGGGAAGAGGAGGGCGGCCUGGAGCGGCGCGGCUCGUCUCCGCCGAAGGCUCCGGUUCCUGCGGGCCCCUCACGGGGGAAAGAAGCAGGGUGGGGAGGGCAAGAAAGGGGGGAAGCGAGGUAGCUGCCGCCUCGCCGCGGCCUCUGGACGGUCCGUGCCCGGCGGGUAGCCGCGCUCGCCCUGGGGCGGCUUCUGCCUCUUGUUCCUUGGACUCUGGGCGUGGAGGAGCGAGGGAAGGAAGGAGCCUGAGGCCAUUCCGGGACCGGCGAGCCCCCUCGCAGCCGUGGAAGGGGAGGGUGAAGCAAACCUACCCCCCCUCCCCCGUUAAGCCGUCGCGGCGCUGCGGCGGGCGGGCCCGCAGAACCAGAGAAUAAAAAUGGGAACUCCUGGAUCAGGACGGAAGAGAACUCCAGUGAAAGACAGGUUUUCUGCAGAAGAUGAAGCUCUGAGUAACAUUGCCAGAGAGGCAGAAGCCAGGCUUGCAGCCAAACGGGCAGCUCGAGCAGAAGCAAGAGAUAUACGUAUGAGAGAGCUGGAGCGACAGCAAAAAGAGUUUUCUCAGCAUUCAUAUGAUAGAAAAUGGGCUCAUAUCCAGAAAUGGAUGGAAGAUUCAGAGAGGGCCAGGUAUUCUCACCGGUCCAGUCGACAUUCAUAUUUGAGUUCUUUGGAUGCCAGUGGGUCUCUCAGGAGCAGAGCAAGUACCUCCAGAAGGAGAGAUCUUGUGUAUGACAGUUCUAAGGAUAGAUCUACAAGAUACUCAGUCCCUAGUCAUGCUUACAGUGAAUCUCAUAAUUCAAAGAAGAAAGCUGCUUAUUCCCAUAAAGAUUUAUUGAGUGGAAUUUACUAUGAUCAGAGAAAUUAUAGCAGCCUUAGAUAUAGUAAACCAGUUCCUUCCUACCAUACUCGGUCAUCUUCUCUAUACAGUGAUCCAGUGGCAACAACUAGGAGUUACAGGGUGUCUCCUUCUGUAAACACUGGUUUGAUAAGAAGUAUCAGUUUGGCAUCUUUGUGUGGUGAUGGAUUACAUAGCUCAUAUAGUUCUCGUACUCCAUCUGAAUACAGUUAUUCUUCAAGAGCAAGCUCAGUUCGAAGUAGUCCUGUGUCCUCUGAUUUUUCUGAUCAAAGUGAAACUGCUGCUGACUAUUUUAGUCGUUCCAACCGCAGGGGAAGCAUUGUUUCCGAUGCAGACGAUGUCCAAGGUUUGAAUAGUCUCGAAGAAAAGAGUGAAAAAUCACAUUCAGAAAUAUUUUCAAGGCCAUCAUCUCGCAAUUCAGUAAGUGUAACUCCUCUGAGUGGCAACUCAUCUAGGAGAGGAAGUGGAGAUACAAGCAGUUUGGUGGAUCCUGAUGCCUCCCUCAGUGAAUUACGGGAUAUCUAUGAUCUUAAGGACCAGAUACACGAUGUAGAAGGGAGAUACAUGCAGGGACUUAAAGAACUAAAGGAUUCACUAGCUGAAGUUGAGGAGAAGUAUAAGAAAGCUAUGGUUUCCAAUGCUCAACUAGACAACGAGAAAAACAACUUGGUUUACCAAGUGGAUACUCUAAAGGACGUCAUUGAGGAGAAAGAAGAACAGAUAGCGGAGUUCUAUAGGGAGAAUGAAGAGAAGUCAAAGGAAUUGGAAAGACAGAAACACACGUGCAGUGUUCUGCAGCAUAAGCUGGAUGAACUUAAAGAGGGCCUUCGACAGAGAGAUGAAUUGAUAGAGGAGAAUCAACGCAUGCAGCAGAAUAUAGACUCCAUAACCAAAGAGGUGUUUGAUCUCCAGGAGACAAUUAAUUGGAAAGAUAAAAAAAUAGGGGCCCUAGAAAGACAGAAAGAUUACUUUGACCGCAUUAAGAAUGAGCGAGAUGAGCUCAGAGAGGAGUUGGCUGACCUGAAGGAAACAAUGAAGAGAGGAGAGAAACAUGGAUUAGUUAUAAUUCCAGAUGGCACACCAAAUGGUGAUGUAAACCAUGAAUCAGUGGUUGGUGCAAUAACAGUUGUAUCGCAGGAAGCUGCUCAAGUCUUGGAAUCUGCAGGAGAAGGACCACUAGAUGUCCGGCUACGAAAACUGGCUGGAGAAAAGGAGGAAUUAUUGUCCCAGGUUAGAAAACUGAAGAUGCAGCUGGAAGAAGAACGACAGAAAUAUUCUAAAAGUGAUGGCAUGAAUCCAGAUAUUAUAGGCUUAGAGAACGGUUCUGACUUGCAGCUAAUUGAAAUGCAGAGAGAUGCCAACAGACAAAUUAGUGAAUACAAAUUUAAGCUUUCAAAAGCUGAACAAGAUAUAACUACCUUGGAACAAAAUAUUGGACGACUUGAAGGGCAGGUUGCAAGGUAUAAAAAUGCAGCAGAAAAUGCAGAAAAAGUAGAAGAUGAACUCAAAGCUGAAAAGAGGAAGCUUCAGCGAGAGUUAAGAACAGCACUGGAUAAGAUAGAAGAGAUGGAGAUGACCAAUAGCCACUUAAUGAAACGGCUGGAGAAGAUGAAGGCAAAUAGGACUGCGCUUUUAUCUCAACAGUGAAGUGGAAAUUGAAAACAUGAUGCACUGCUCCUUGAAUAACUAGCCCCUAGCUUGUUUUUAAAUAUGGACUUUCAUUGGCACAAACUAUUUGAACACUGAGCUGUUCAUUGGUGUUUUAGUUUCAUAAUUAAAUGGCAUACUUUUUGUAACUUAUGAGAGAAUGAAAUUUAGUUUGAAUUCCCAUGUGAAUGACAGCAACUUUUCUGUAGCGUUUGAUUCUAGAGUCAGAGCUGGAGCAAAAUGCUGUAUGUUCGACUUAGCGAUAGAAAAUGUUUUUACAACUGUGGAAUCAAGUUUACUCACAAUCUCUUUUGGCUGCUUUAACGAUGCUUGAUGCUCGGAGACAACUGCAUGAAUUCAAGAAGACACUGUAUUACUGUAUUAUAAACUAACAUAUAUUUGCUCAAGACAUCACACAGCACAAGUGCCUUUUAUCUGGUGCAAUUUAGACUUCAUUGUUGAAAUAACCUUUGAAAUCAGAUAACAUUUUAUUUUAAGAUACAUUUUGGGGUAUUCACUAAACUUUAUACAUUUUGAAAAUACAUUUUUGUAAAAUAUUUAAAUUUUGUAAGAAAAAAAUAGGGACUGUAUAUAAAAAUCUGCUUUUUUGCAUGGGCACAUCUGAGUUCUAGGUAAUUUUGUCAAAUACUAGCCCCUGAUGCUCUUAGUAUUAAGGGUGCAGAUUUAAAAACUUCUGUUGUACACCAUCAAAUUAUAUGUCAUUGGCUGCUUAAGUGUGAAUUGAAAUUUAAGGGUGGGAGGAAGGGGUGGGAAACGUG